AUAAGUGUUUUUGUAACGCUCUAAUGACACCGCUUGAGGGCCACGCUGUUGACUAUCAUUGCUCUAUGCCAUAGUGAAACCAGAAACUGCUGGUAUUUCCAGCUGGUAAAGGUUAAAUUGCCUGACAUUGUUCUCUCAGCUUUAUAACUGCCUGCGCACUCCGAACUCGACUCUCUCCGGUAGUACUUUAAGAGUGGUCCUUGAAGCUGCUUUAGUUUGGAUGAAACGUUGAGGCCUUCUGAUUUAGAGGUAAAUAAUCAGCCUGAGUGGACCCAACUAGCUGGUACAAUGCGGAUGCUUAUGUGGAACUCUCUGCGAAUUGGAAUAAUACUGAGUUUGGCGAAGAACAUCGAACCUAGUGGAAGCUUUGAGAUUCUGUUUGUGAGGUACGGCCACUCGUCAGGGAAAGGCUCUAAUGGGAAUUUCUGUGAGUCCUUCUCGUCGUGGAUCCGACCCACAAGUGAAUGUGAUCCCUGGUUCCGAGUUUGUGUGGAGGCAUUGCCCAAAAGCACAGCAAAACCAUGUGGACUGUUGAACAAAAUUACUGGCGCCCUUCAAAAUACCCUUCAUGCCUCUUUCGGCAGGACCAUUGGGGGAGUAGCUAAUCCAAUGCGUGUUCCAUCAACCAAAGUAGGGGCUGGCAUCCGAAUCAAGAUUACCGUGUACGACGAAGAUGACAACAAUGACGAUCAUAUAGAUGACCUAGAGAAGUACAUUUAUUUCCCAGCUCCCGGUGACCACCAAAUCACACUGCAAAAUAGAGUGACACUGACCAUCAAGGUGACCUUCAUCUGUGACCCGGGCUGGAGUGGCCACAGCUGUUCUGUGUAUGACUACUGUCGCGACACGACAUGUCACAAUGGUGGCUCUUGCACAUCACUGAGCAGAACAGCAAUAUGUAAAUGUGUGCCGGGCUUUACAGGACCUGAUUGCCAGACAGACAUUGAUGAGUGCAGGUCUGACCCAUGCCAGAAUGGUGGUGUGUGCCAACACGAAAUAAAUACGUACACGUGCCAUUGUCAGCCGGGGUACACGGGGGACAACUGUCAGCUGAAUAUCAACGAUUGUGCGAAUCAUCAGUGUGAGAACGGUGCGACGUGUAUAGAUCGCAUACAGCGCUACGAUUGCUCUUGUGCGCAUGGUUUUUCUGGGCCACGGUGUGAGAUCAAUGUUGACGACUGUGCUGGGGUAUAUUGUGAUCACGGUGGAACGUGUGUGGACGAAGUGGAUGGAUACACGUGCACUUGCACACCUGGAUAUACCGGGCUGCAUUGUGGAGUUAAUAUAGACGAAUGUCCAGGCGUCGAAUGUCAACACGGUGGAACUUGUAUUGACAGAGUAAACGGAUACACGUGCACUUGCACACCUGGAUAUACCGGGCUGCAUUGUGGAGUUAAUAUAGACGACUGUUCAGGCGUCGAAUGUCAACACGGUGGAAGUUGUAUUGACAGAGUAAACGGAUAUAGGUGUAUAUGCACACCUGGAUAUACCGGGCUGCAUUGUGGAGUUAAUAUAGACGAAUGUUCAGGCGUUGAAUGUCAACACGGUGGAACUUGUAUUGACAGAGUAAACGAAUAUAGGUGUACAUGCACACCUGGAUAUACCGGGCUGCAUUGUGGAGUUAAUAUAGACGAAUGUUCAGGCGUCAAAUGUCAACACGGUGGAACUUGUAUUGACAAAAUAAUCGGAUACACGUGUGCAUGCACACCUGGAUAUACCGGGCUGCAUUGUAAAGUUAAUAUAGACGAAUGUUCAGGCGUCGAAUGUCAACACGGUGGAAGUUGUAUUGACAAAAUAAACGGAUACACGUGUACAUGCACACCUGGAUAUACCGGGCUGCAUUGUGAUGUUAAUAUAGACGAAUGUUGGGGCGUCGAAUGUCAACACGGUGGAACUUGUAUUGACAAAGUAAACGGAUACACGUGUACAUGCAUACCUGGAUAUACCGGGCUGCAUUGUGGAGUUAAUAUAGACGAAUGUUCAGGCAUCGAAUGUCAACACGGUGGAACUUGUAUUGACAGAGUGAACGGAUAUAGGUGUAUAUGUACACCUGGAUACACCGGGCCUUAUUGUGAAGUUAACAUCAACGAAUGUUUAGGUGUUGAAUGUCAACACGGUGGAACGUGCAUGGACGGAAUAAAUGGAUAUAGAUGUAUAUGCAGCGAAGGGUUUAGCGGAACACUUUGUGAAAGAAAUAUAGAUGAUUGUAUUGGAAUCAGAUGUGAGAAUGGCGGCACGUGUGUUGACGGAAUAGAUGGAUACACGUGUCUGUGCACGGGUGCCUUCAAGGGCGUCAACUGUGAGGACAACGUCGAUGACUGUGUGGGAAUCAGCUGCCAACAUGGUGGAACGUGCCAAGACUUAACCAAUGGAUACAUGUGUUUAUGCUCGGCAGGCUAUAGCGGGACACACUGCGAAGUGAACAUAGACGAUUGCGCGGUGGUUAUUUGCAAAAAUCGUGGAACGUGUGAAGACGGAAUAGAUGGAUACCAGUGCUUAUGUGGUAAGGGAUUUCGGGGUACACAUUGUGAGAUUAAUGUCAAUGACUGCGAUAGAAUUAUUUGCCAUAAUGGAGGCACUUGCGUGGACGGUGUUGACGAAUAUACAUGCUUAUGUGCGUAUGGUUUCAACGGGGAAAACUGUGAGACAACAUUUGGCCGAUGUACUGACACGUACUGUCAGAAUGGGGGACAGUGUACUGACAGCCCCGAUUCUGUUUAUUGCCAAUGUCCAAAUGGGUACGAUGGCAUCCACUGUGAGAUAAGUGUGAAUGACAUCGCUGCUGUUGUGUGUCAAAACGGAGGGACAGUACAAGGCAACAGUUCACAUCACUGUCUGUGUCCACCAGGAUUUACCGGAUCGCAUUGUGAGACUGUGGAGCAGAGUACAGGGCCAAGACCUCCAUCGUAUCACAAUAACACCGAUAUGGGCAAGCUCCUGCCCUUGCCUCAUACCACCACAAUGGCUGAUGUCACAGUAAAUGACACGACAUCUUCGCCAAUAUCUCCAGAUGUAAGCGUCAACUGGACUAUGACCGUGGAAGGGAAGGUCCCGACACUGACGGGAGUACAGGAUUACAUAUAUGACGAGUUGAUAAAUACAGGAGGACUGUCACCUGCUUCCCUCCAUGUCCAGGUCAUGGGUACAGCCCUGGCUCAUGGCACUGACGGGGUCCUGCUAACAGCUGUUAAUGUCAGAGUGUCGGUCAGUAGCACCAGCCUAACAGCCGCCGAACUUCUCCACCUGUUAGACAGCCUCUCCCUCGGUGUAGCCAGUACCAUGAGCCGGAAACUGUACACAGGCGAUCUCAUGCCCCAGGCAGGACACCAACAAGCCGAAAAUGUCUCCAAGAAGCAGGACUCGUCCAGCAUCUACAUCGCCAUUGGUAUUGUUGGUGGCCUGGUCGCUCUGGCUGUUGUCGGUAUCUUAAUCAUGAUGGCCAAGAGAAGAGCUAAUAAGAAAGAGCUUUUGGAAGUUCCGAAGUCAGAUACAGUUUCCAUUAACUCGGCCGCUAUAGGGGACUUCAUGGAACAGCCAUUUGUAAUAUUCCAUCAGAACAGAUGUUACCAGUUCUCAGACAUGGAAUCUCCACCCAUCGACUUUUUGCCACCUGCCGAGUGUGGGCUGACCGAUGAAGAGGUUUCCACCUCAUGAAUAUUCAGCAGUUCAAAAAGCUUUCGAAGCUGAGCGGGUUCUUAGCGCCAUGUUUAUUUUUUUCGAUGUAACACGUGAAUGUGGUAACAUUUUGUACAAGUCUUGCAACUGUUGAUUUAUCCUGCAGAACUGAUCUGCAACAGUGGCUCCAUGCCUACCUUGGAUUGGGUUUUCUUUACAAAAGACUCCGCCUUCAUUACAGUGUAUGUACUUAACCUACAAGUAUAUAAUUCCAGAAUUAUGAAAGACUCUCCUUAAGUUUGUUUCACUUCAACAAGGCUUUGUUCAGUAGUUUAGCCCAUUCUUCGAGAAUAUUUGUUUCCACCUGUUAAUCUUGCAAUGCUUUUCUUGCAGUGUGUGUGUGUUUUAGUUUAUUUUCAGAUAAAUGAUUUGUACAGCUAAUAUUUUGAAUAUAUGACACACGAGGGCCUAUACGUAUGUAAAAUAUCAAAUACAAUUUUUUUCAUCUUACCUCUACAGAGAGGGAUCACUGAUUCUACGAAUCCAUCAAGCUAUCUGAUGCUCACCUGUAGGCUAUAUAACUAUAGCACGUACAAUAAGAUGUAUGUUUUGUAUAAAUUUUUACACUGUCUCAAUUUUGUAAUAAAAUGGUGAAGAUAUUUGGAAAUACUGUUGGAUUUCUAGACUUAUACAGAAGUAUAUAA